AUGCUUUUGGAAAAUAGAAACCUGGUGUUCGAGCCAGUUGUGGAUCCUGAAGUGAUAAGGUUUACGCAUCUGCAAAAUGGGAAGACAUGGAAACCGGAGUUCAUGACUAUGAAGGAUUACGUUGAGAGGGAACAUAUCUUAGGUACGUGUGAUAUUUCAAGUGCGGAUGGGUCUUUGGAAAUGCAAAAUAGAUUCCCUGAAGCUAGCCAGUACCUUGGAAUUAAGUACUUCGUGUUGAAAGACCUGGGCUUGCCGCACACUUCAAAGACAUCCCAGAUCGUUUCCAGUUGCGAAACGCUGAAUCGUGUAGGAUGGGCAGUAACGCCAAAGUCGCAGGGCGCCAUGAGACCUGUGCUUUCGGCAUGUAUUGGAGGCGUUUUCACAAUUCCGGAAUACCGAGGCCGGAAAUAUGCUGCUGAAAUGAUGAUUCGACUCAACGAAUAUUACGAUGGCAUUUCCAGCGCUCCAGACGCGCCUGAUUUGUUGCAAAACAUUGUCAUCUUUCUUUUCAGUGAAGUGGGUGAAUAUUACAGCAAAUUUGGCUACGUUUCACGUCCCGCGCCUUUGCACACGGUUGAGAAGCUGGACGAAGUUCUGGAGGCGUAUUGCGGUGGCGACAGCCUCGACAACAAAGAUGGCUCCCACUUGGGUUACGACUGUGGGGACGAUUUGAUAGAACUAGAAAGACAAGCAUUUAUCGGGGAUGUGCAAAAAGCGCAUUCCGACCACCCAGAAUCUUUUGUGUUCACAUUGGAGCCUUCCAAAGACAUCUACAAGUUGUUCCACGAAAGGUCCUUGUUUCAAAAAAAGUUUUUGGACCCAGACAGCCAGGUGCAGUUUGGUUACUCACUAGAAAAUGGGAGCCAUAUUAUAUGGCAUUUGAAUUACUGGCCUCAUCAGAGAUCCCUGUACAUUUUGAAUUUGCAUAACAGUGGAGAAACGGCGGCUGAAAAGGAAUUGAAUUUGAAGAAACUAAUAGCUCGCGCUGUCCAAGAAGCCCAGAAACACGGGGUAGAGUUUCUGCAGUUUUGGGAUACCGAACUGGGGCAGCAAGACUGGAGCAAUUCUUUUAUGACGUUUUUGCAAAAAGUGGAAAAACCUUCUAAUUUGUAUCAGGAAAACCCUUCCCUAAGUGCCAUCAGAGUUGCAAACGUGAAAGCUGAGAACAUACUCUGGGUAAACAACACCAAAUUAUGCUGGUUUUAA